CCUUCGUCCCCGCCAGCAGGAAUCGGCAAUAAGCGCGGAGGAAAACCCACUCGGAGGCAAGAUGGCUGACUCGAGUGAGUGCUUCAACAUCGGCAGCACAGUGAGUUGCGUUACGUGCUUCGAUGAGGAGUUACAAGGCGAAGUUUUAGCGUUCGACUCGCACGUGAAGCUCUUGACACUGAAAUCGCCAGCCAGUAGUGGGAGGACGUCCCUAUGUGACAUUCGUAUGGUCAACCUUAGUUAUGUUUCUCAGGUUACAGUCUUGAGGGAAGCACCGGUCUCCUCCUUACCAACCCUGCCGUCUCUAAAUCUUUCUAAGCUUAAUUCCCGAGCAAAGAGAAGCAUAGAAGAAAAGCAACGGCUAAUCCAGGCCAUGCAAUCUGGAGUGUCUCCUGAUGGUCAGAAGCUAUUUCUAACUAUCAAUAAAACGUUAGAGGAGGUGACCUGGAAGGGGGUAAAUAUUUUGGUGAUGGGGCAGGUCCUCAUCACGCCUCCAUACCAGUCGGACAACGUGAGAGAGCACAAGGAUGGGAAGGAAGUUAGCGCACUACAGCUUAAUUACAUCAAGAAAAUUGUGGACAAGUUUCACAAGGAUCAACAGGGUACGCCCAUGAACAACGGAACAAGUGCGACACCAGUUGUAGAGGUGCAAGCGGUGUCGCAGUGAGGCAACUGUCAGACCAAACACCUCAGGCAUGUACAACACCAAGGUGGGGGUGGGGAAGGGGGUGGGGGGGCUGGCCCAAGCUGAUUAACCCCACUUAUGAACUGGGUUUUCAUUAUUGCCAAUCGAAAGUGCAGGCCACUCCUAAGAUCAUCUCUGUGUAUGUUUGAAAUUAUCCAGAGUGACUGGCAUUCUCUUCUCAGUUGGAGAAUGCAGUUGUCGUCACAAAAGGAGAAGUGCAAUUUAGUUGUUUCUUUUAUACAGACCCUGUUCUAGGUUCAUGUGGUGAAACGUUAGAUUUGUCACAAGACGCAAAAAGUCGUGAGGGCAGUCUAGACUCCAUUAAAGGCUAUUAACAGUUAAUAUGAAAUAUACUGUUUUGUGAGAACUUUUUAUGAUCAUUUCUAUCAAGGUUGUUAAAUGUAGAAAUUGUAUUUUAGUUAAUGUGUGAGAACAAAAAUAAAGAAAUGAAUUUGAAGGUAAUCUCUGUAGAUAAUAUGACAGGUUGUCAUGUCUGGGAUAACACAUCAGCAAAUUGCAGUGCAUGAAAUAAAAGUUGAAUGAGAAAUCCUUGUAACAUCAAUAGAAAUAAUAAAGACACAUUUUUAUGUCUGUCUAAAGUUGUAUGUUUUUAUACAGUUUGUACCCUGUUCUAUAAGUUUUGGCUUUUCAUAUAACUGUGUGAAUUAGCAUAAUGUCUGUGAUGAGUAAUGAAAGGACUUUUUAGAGUUUUUGAUUCUGGAAAAGCACCAUGCCCUGUGCUCAGUUCCCAGAACACACACCUUCCCUGUUUCCUUAAAGACAAACAGGACAAGAUCUUAUCCUUAAUGACUUCUCUCUAGAAUGUUAUUAAUUGAAUCCAUGUUAUGUGGGAACAUACCAAUGAGGCUUGGAGUGUGUGGAGUAUGUUGUUUUUCCAUGAGGAGUCAGCUGAUCAUUGCCAAUUGUGAUGUGCAAAGUGAUGUCCAACUUGUUCAAUUUUGUAUGGAGUCUAUGGCCUCGUUAAAUUACUGUGUACUUUGCAUUUGUUAAGAACCAAACUCUUUUGUUAACAAAGUAUAGUAUUUGAUACUUGGAAAACAUAUGCUAAGAAAAUGGAGUUAACUUUUCAUGGUACGUCAAAGGAAUUUAAUGUUUCUCCCCAGAUGCAUUCAUGUACGUUUAAAUUACAAAUACGUUAUUUUUCUUCAGGUUUUAAUGGGUGGUAAGUAAUGUAUGGAGAACAAAAUUUCAGUAUUUUUCAUCGAAUGAAACCCAGACAUUAAGUGAAAAAGGUUUGAGGUGAUGGUAACUGUAUUUACAUAAUGAUGUCAUAUGUGACAUUAUUAUGAAAGCAUUUGAAAGACAGCUUGUAGGGGUUGAGUUUUCAAUAUUUAAUUGGUAUUUAAGAUGCAUUUUCUUCCUUUUUUUCUACUUAUUCUUCAUUUGUAAAGAGAAAGCAAGAGAGAGAGAGAGAGAGAGGUUUUAGGUUCAGUGGAAAUGAGAGAGUAUUUGAAACUGUUCACAUGAGUGGGAUAAAUGAUCCAAUUGCUUACAGUGCUUCAGCAAUUGCAGAUUACUGGAAGCAUGUCACAAUUACAGGGAAAGACACUAAUUGGUCACAUAAGGUUGUUUUAUAAUUGAUUAAAAGGUGUCACAUUGUGUACGAAGUUACAGCUCUUUACUCCCAACAUUUAAUUUCUUAAAAAAAAAAGACAAAAAAUCUGAGAAAAAUAGAAACAAAAAGUCUAUUCUUUGCUAUUUGAAUUGAAGAUGGGAAAGGGGAUUGCAAAAAUUUCAUUCAUUCUUAUUAGAAAACAGGGUACAGGUUACCAAAUGUACAGAAGCUAAGAGGACUGUGAUAGCUGCCUGAUUUUCCUUGUUUCUCCCUUUUUUCCCCCUUCAUUUUUUCCCCUCUUGCUUUUUUUUUUUUUUUUUAAUUCAUUCUUUCUUUCUUUCUUUCUUUCUUUCUUAUGAAAUGAUGUUAUGGAAGAGAUGGCCAUCAUCUUUCUCCACUCCUCUUGCCUCCUCCUUUUCCUUCAUAUUUUUCUUCAGUCUUUGCAGAGUAAAUGUGCUCAUAAUGCCUGAGUGGACAUCAUAGGUAACCCUUGUGCCUACUUUCAUUGCUUAGCUGCCGACAGAAGAUCAGGAGAAGCCUUUGUAUGGCUUAAAGAGAGUUUUUCUCAUGGUGUUUGGAGGUAAAAAAAAGAAAUUGAAUGGUAUCAAUGUUUAUUUCUAUGGUGAAUGAGUGCAUGUUUGUCAGAUGAAGUUCUGUAAAGUUAUUGAGAUUUUGGUGUUGGCAUGUAAAUUAGUAAUCAUGAGCUGUAACUCGAGAAAUUAAAUGAAACGAAUCUCUCUCUCUCUCUCUCUCUCUCUCUCUCUCUCUCUCUCUCUCUCUCUCUCUCUCUCUCUCUCUCUCUCUCUCUCUCUCUCUCUCUCUCACAGCCCUCCCCUACCCUCCUCUUUCUGUCUUUCAUUUUCUUUCUUUUUUUCUUUUUUCUUUCUGUCUUUCUUUCUCUCUCACCCCCUGCCCUCUUACUCUCCCCUCAGAUUUAAUAAAGACGACUGGUAAGAAUGCCUGAAGUUAACUUUACAAAUAUUGAUUGGAAUGUAAAGAUUUAUAGCAAAAAAUCAACAAAUUUGCACCAAUUUUUAUACCUUAUUUCCCCGACCAAGGGACAUUUAUUUUUUAUAUCCCCCAAAAAUAAAUAAAUAUUGUCUUGUUUAUCCCUUAGUGAAUUAUAUGAGAGAUGAAUAAAUGAAUAAAUCAAGUCAAAAGGAAGUUGAGACUUUUCCUUGCAAAUAAACAUAAAAAGGGCCAUGCAUUUAAAACUUUGUGAUCCUCUCUAUCUGUUGUACAAUGACAGAUCACAAGCAUUUGUUAUUGUAAUUGUUUUUCUUACUUUUCCUGUUUUAAAUGAUUAUGAAUUUUUUUUCUUUUUUUUUCUUUUUGAGAAACUAAUAAAUGAGAUAUUUUUGAAAUGUAUUUUUUCUCUCUCAAAACAAUUUUCAUCCAUGUGUAAACAGAUAACAUAAAACUGAUGAAUAGAGAGAGAUAGAGGAGGAUAAGAAAAAAGAGUAGUAGGAGGAGAAGAAUAGGAAGAGGAAAAAUUAGGAAGCAGAGAAGAGGAAGGAGGAGGAGUAAGUGGAAGAAGAACAAAAAGAAAGACAAAAAGAAAUACCAUACAGUUAUGGCAAUAAAUCUUGUAAGAGACCAAAUUUGGGAAUAAAAAAAAAUGAAUAAAAGGUUGUGUUAGGGAUUGUGAAGCAGGGAGGCUGAAGGACCACGGUUUAGUAUACAGAUUACACAGUAGAUGCUCUUUGGUUAACUUGCUCUACUGUAUAAUUAGGAGCCCUAAGCCUGGUGGUUACUCGUGCACGUAUCAGGUGGUUUAAUUUUUGAUGUUCAGUAAAGUUAUUUGCAUAUAUAUUUUUUUUCCUUCUUUAUUCCGAAAUGCUGGAAAAUAAGCACAUAGGAUGAUGCUCUAGAAUAUGUCAAAAUAAAUAGAUAAAUACAUAAACGGAAGACAGAAAACAAAUCAAUAUUUUGCAUCUUUCCAUAUUGUCAUUAUUUAUGAAUUUGUUUCAUAUCAUCAACAGUGGAAAUGUAUUUCUUUUAUCACUAGCUUUUGACAAUGAAAAUGUAAAAUUGGAGACAAGAGUAGAGACCAAUAGCAGUUGUAGAGGAGAGUGGUUGACCAUUUGUAAUUUAUGAAGUGUAAAAACAGUCAAUAAAGACUUAAUGAUGUAGUU